UAAAAGAAAAGAAAAGGAGAGAAAAAUUACCAGCCAGUAGUGUGAAGAAACCGGAAUGGGGAGCACCGUCAGUUUCAGUUUUACAUUUGCCUCUUUCUCGGCUUUCAGACAGAUCCUCUUUCAAUAAUCAAUAGUCAUACCUCUGCCCUCGGAUUCUAUGUUCGCAUCGAGGAGUAUUUUACGAUUCCAGCUAUUUUGAUUAGGUUCCGACUCGAUUAAGCGGGUACUUUUUGCCGCGGCUUCUCUCCCCAUAAUUUAUAAGAGCUAUAGCACCCUGGAAGUCGGUUAUUUUGCGGGGACGCCAUGGAUGCUAAAGCGACGCAGAGGUUGCAAUUCUCAACCUUUAUUCAUUACGAGAAGUCUGGAAGGAAAUUCGGUGGUUCUGUGAAAUUCUCUCGAGCUUUUAAAGAACCGCAGAAACUUAAUGUUUUUGGUUUGCAGCCGGCAACUGCAAGACCUUCCCGCAAUCGGCGGCGGGCGGCCCCUUUGGAGGUUUCUUGUUCCUACGACAAUUUGCCAGCUUUGACAUUGGACUCUGGAAGUUUAGAGGCCCCUCCUGAUGAAGAGUUAAUGUUACAGACUAAGACACAAGAGAUCGAGCCUUAUUUAAAUGGACGCUGUAUAUAUCUUGUUGGAAUGAUGGGGUCUGGGAAGACAACUGUUGGGAAGAUUUUGUCACAAGUGCUUAGUUAUUCCUUUUUUGAUAGUGAUGCAUUGGUGGAGGAUGAGGUUGGUGGAACUUCUGUAGCUGAUAUAUUCAAGCACUAUGGAGAGGGUUUCUUCAGGGACAAGGAGACUGAGGUAUUGCGUAAGCUGUCACUUAUGCAUAGACUCGUAAUUUCUACUGGUGGAGGUGCAGUUGUGAGGCCCAUCAAUUGGAGAUAUAUGCACAAGGGGAUUACUGUUUGGUUGGAUGUACCUUUAGAAGCAUUGGCCCGGAGAAUUGCAGCCGUGGGAACUAAUUCUCGUCCACUUCUGCAUUAUGAAGCAGGAGAUGCAUACACACGGGCUUUGAUGCGUUUGUCUACACUUUUUGAAGAAAGAGGUGAAGCAUAUGCCAAUGCCAAUGCUAGGGUGUCCUUAGAAAAUAUAGCUGCAAAACUGGGCUGUAGAGAUGUGGCAGAUAUCUCACCUGCUACUAUUGCUAUUGAGGCGCUAGAACAAAUUGAGUGCUUUUUGAGGGGUGAAGACGGCCAUUAUGCAGGGUUCUAGCUCAAACAUUGACAUGAGCCUGUGCUUGUGAUAUAAUUACGUGCAUCAUGGCACACGUUCCUAGUUUGUGUUAGGGUGAUCUGACUCUCCAUGGCUUUUGUAACUUAAAAGUUCUCAAUUGUUCUUGUAUAGAGUGUAAACGCGGAUCUUUAAAAGUGUAUUGUAUUUUAUGUAUGCCUUUCAUGAGUUUUGUUUGUUCUAUAGAAACAAUCGACUUGUUUUUCAGCGCCAAAUGGUGAUACAUUUCAUGGA